ACCGAAAAGUGUGAUUGUGAGGUCGGAACGAGGCAAGGAGCUUAUGUAGAAUCUUUAGGCGGUUUAUGGGCUACAAACUGACGUUACACAAAAAGUUUGUGUACUAUAUGGAAGCACAAAUUGUGAAACCAAAUUAUAAUAUACGGUCCAUAAAUUUGCGUUUAAAUCCAAAUCCAGUACAUACAAAAACUGGCGGGCUGGUGAGUGACGGCUUGCGGGUCUAUUGCAGUUGAUGUACCGCGAAGGCCUUGUGUUUGUUACCCAGAAUUGAACUAUACGAAAAGAUGUCCAGGAAACGAGCACCAGGACCUUACAACUAUGAUGAUGAUGAGGAUUACGUUCCAAGCAAGGCAGUGAAGUAUUCUGAACGUGAAGAUGUGGGACCUUUGAAGGUGAAGAAGCACACUCUUGAUUCAGAUGAAGAGGAAGAUGAGUUAGAGGGUGGAGGAGGGCAGGGUGAAGACAAGAAUUAUGAUGUUUUGAAGGAGGAGGAUAUUGAUGGGCAAGAGGAGAAGACAGUAGAUUUUGAGGGUGACACUCCAAUAACACCAUUCAACAUGAAAGAGGAGAUGGAAGAUGGCCAUUUUGAUGGGGAUGGCUUCUACCACUUCAAGAAGGAUACUGUUCAGAUUAAGGAUGCAUGGCUUGAUGACAUUGAUUGGAUGAAGAUUAAGAGGUGUGAGGGAGAUGAGAAAAAGUAUGGAUCUGAUGUUGAGAGUGACACAGAGAGCGAGGAAGCUGUCAGCAGCAUCAUUGAAGUGUACAAAGAAAUAAUGGUUUUCCUUAUGGAGGGAGAAACAGUUGCCAAAGCAUUAAAGAGACUUGGUGGGAACAAGAAAAUCUCAUCUGCCCAAAAGUGGAAGCUGAAAAAGACUGGUGGUGAUGGAAGUGAGAAUGGAAGCCAGAAUAUGUCCAACUUCCUGAAGCUGACAGAGCUGGCCAACAAAAUCAUUGAAACUGGCAACAUGGACAUCUACCAAGAGACAUAUGAGAUCAUCAAACUGAAAAUUGAACGCUCUAAAGCUCCAGGAACUGCUCCAGUACUAGAUAUGUUUGCUGAAGAGGAUCAGAAGACAACUGAUGCAAGUCAGAAGGAUGCUAGCCAGGAAGGACAGGAUUGUGUUGAAAAAGUGAGCUGGGAGAUCCGCUGGGAAGACAAAGAAGAUGCAGAAGUACAUGGCCCAUUCCCCAAUGAGAAGAUGUUGCAGUGGCAGGAGUCAGGCUACUUUGACAAAGUGGCCUAUGUCAGGAGAGUCUCAGACAGGGCAAGAACAUGGUAUUCAACAAAGCGCAUUGAUUUUGAACUCUAUAGCUAGUUAAUAUAUGUAAUGAAUGAACAUCAUUGUUAUUCAAGGAGAGCUCUUUUCUGUUGACUUCAAUCUCCUUUUCCUGCAGACACAGGAAAUACUUUCAUCAUCAAAGAUUUUAGUGCCACAGCUGUGAGUUGUCAUGUUGACUUUUCCUACUGUUAAAUAUUAAAAUAUUUUGGUUGUGCAGCUCUUAUGUGAAUUGCAAUCUUUUCCUCAAUAAAGUUUUUAUUAUUUUA